GCGGCGGGCAGUGACGGCCCCGAGCCGGAAACAAGGGUGAGAUGCACCCUCGUCGUCCUCGUCAAUCGGCCACGGCUUUUCCACGGACCGACUCUCGUCGUCAGUUAGGAAGGCAGAUCGACUAGCAGAUCCGGCCGUCCAAAAUCGGAAAGCGGCCGUCGGCUGACGGUCUGCGCAACCACUUGUGAAGGCGACAGUCAAAAUGAGUGGAGGAUUGAAUGGAUGGCUGCAGCGGUGUCGAGAAUCACGAAGACUUGUCCUCGUGAUUGUCGCCAUUGCUCUGCUGCUGGACAACAUGUUGCUAACUACAGUCGUCCCGAUCAUCCCGGAAUUCCUGUAUGAUAUUCGACACCCAAAUGCAACCUUAAGUGAACAUCUCGAAGGAUAUCAUCCGCAAACAACCGUCAGCCCGACAACAACAACAACAAUAAUGCCGACAACAACAACAACUGGAAGGUGUCUCUGUAAUUCGAACUCAUCAGCGGCUCAUACAUCUCAUCUAGAAUUUUUGAAACCUAAUCCUGUCUCUUCUAUUGAAACUAUAACAAUAAAUAUAACAAGCAUCGAAGACAAGGAAAGAACGCAGAGACAUAAAGAAUUGGUAGAGGAAACUGUUGCAGUUGGAAUUAUGUUUGCUUCCAAGGCUUUUGUACAAUUAUUAGCAAAUCCUAUUGUUGGACCACUUACACACAAGAUUGGUUACGACAUCCCUAUGUUUACUGGAUUCAUCAUAAUGUUUUUAUCAACAUUAAUAUUUGCUUUUGGACGAAGCUAUGGAAUUUUGUUUUUGGCCCGAGCCUUACAAGGAAUAGGCUCUUCCUGCUCCAGUGUCUCCGGAAUGGGUAUGCUGGCUGAAAGAUAUCAAGACGACAAAGAGCGAGGAAAUGCAAUGGGCAUUGCCUUAGGAGGUCUUGCUCUGGGAGUUUUAAUUGGUCCACCAUUUGGAGGUGUCAUGUACGAAUUUGUGGGAAAAUCUGCACCCUUCCUGGUCCUUUCUGCACUUGCCCUUGGUGAUGGAUUGUUGCAGCUUCUUAUGCUUCAACCCUCGAUUGUUUAUACAGAAGUAGAGCCACCGUCUCUAAAAGCUCUCGUAACAGAUCCUUACAUCCUACUGGCUGCAGGAGCGAUAACUUUUGCAAAUACGGGAAUUGCUAUGUUGGAACCCAGUUUGCCAAUUUGGAUGAUGGACACAAUGGGUGCAAGCAGAUGGAAACAGGGUGCCACUUUUCUUCCAGCAAGUAUCAGUUAUCUCAUUGGCACAAACCUUUUUGGACCCUUAGGUCAUAAAAUGGGAAGAUGGCUCGCUUCUUUGAUAGGACUCGUUGUAAUUGGAGUAUGCUUGAUAUGUAUACCCCUGGCCACAAGUAUCAACCAUUUGAUAAUUCCCAAUGCUGGUUUGGGAUUUGCAAUUGGAAUGGUCGACAGUUCUAUGAUGCCCGAAUUGGGAUAUCUUGUUGACAUCAGACAUACAGCAGUUUAUGGAAGUGUUUAUGCAAUCGGGGACGUUGCUUUCUGCUUGGGCUAUGCCAUCGGACCGGCAUUGAGUGGAACAUUGGUGAAUAGCAUUGGAUUUGAAUGGAUGUUGUUUGGAAUUGCUAUUCUCAAUUUCAUGUAUGCUCCCCUUAUGUACUUCCUAAAGUCGCCUCCAACAAAAGAAGAACAGAAGUCCUUGAUAAUUGGAGAAAAAUCAUGCGUCCGGUACGAAUCGUACCAAAAUGAUGAAGAGGAACCGUAAGGACUUAAAAAAUAAACAUAGUCUAUAAAAAAUGUUUUUUUUUUUGUUCAAAAAAUGAAAUUUUCGAUUCACCCAAAAAAUAGGGUAUACCUUAACCAAGACCGAUUUCGCUGCAAAAAAAGAGGAUUCAUAAAUUGUUCUUUUGUUUAAAUAAUCGUCGCAAAUAAGGAUUCUGAGUGCUUUCUGGAAAAAAUCAAAGUAUUCUGACGAAAAAUGAAGAAAAAUAUUUAAAUCAAUUCAAAAACCCAUCAAUUUUAAUUCAGUAUCAAAAUAAGUAGGUCCUAUUAAUAAGUAGAUUAUAUUAUCCAAAAAUAUCACUAUUUAAUUAAAAAUUUAAUAAAAUACUAAAAAUAAUCCUACUUCAGUUCUCGAUUCUGGAUGCAUUGCUCUGUAGGUUAAAUACGAAAACUUUUAAUAUUUCCAUAGAAUAGAUGAGAAUUUUGAGUAUAAAUUCCUAAGAUCGAUUUCUUCUUUCUUUGGCCCUCAUCGUGAAUUUAAUUUAAAAUCCAAAACGAAGAAAUCGACCCUGGAAUAAUAAUAAAUUAUAAAUCUAAUAAAUUAGAGGGGAAGCUCCCUACAGUGGAUAAUGGAACCUUCAGUGGAUAACUAUUAUUAAAAAGCACAAUAAGAAUAAUAAUUAAUUGUAAUUUUAGUUUAUGAACACGUAUAGUGUCUUAACUAAUAAUUAACUUAAUUAUUUUACACAUAUUAAUAUUUUUAAUGAAUGAUUAUCCACUGUAGCAUUAUCCACUGUAGGCAAGUUGCCCCUAAAAAUUUUCAAAUAGAGCCUAGAUGUUACAUUUAAGCGUUGUCAAAAAGUAGUUUAAAAAAUAAAAAAUGCUCUCUUUUGUUUACGUACAUGUAUAUUAUAAAUUAUAAAUUAUGCACGAUACAAGGCAACUUUAAUUCAACUACGAUUUUCUGAGCGAAAAGAAAGAAAAAUUAAUUAAAUGUGUCUAUCUACUUAAUCGAGUUGCUUAGAAUGUUAAACAAAAUAUUAAGUGUCUAUACUUAAAUGUGUUCUUGCAUGGCAUGGCUACAUAUUUGAAAUUAAAAUAAGAUUUUAAAAUACGUUACAAAAAAAGGAAACAAAAAAUAAUAACUCAAUUACGACGUUUUGACGGGGUUGCAGUCUUCGAAAUUCAAAAUUCAAAUAUUCAGGAGAACCACCCGGUUUGGAUUCCCUGAAUGGCUGCAGGGAAACCGUGCGAGAUGCGACCGGGUUUGAUGAAGAGUUCCCAAUUUCCUGGUCCAAUUUUUCGAGAAUGAAUGAUUACAAAAAGACGAAUCCCCGCUCUUGGAUGUGACGAUUUUUCCCCACGAGAACGCACUCUUUUCUCUGAAUCUUCAAAUAUGUAGAACAUAAAAUAUAAAAAAAGUAUAGGGGGAACCUGUCCACAAUGGAUAAUGCAACUUACAGUGGAUAAUCAUAAAUUAUGAGCAAAAAUAGAAGAAAAAUAAUUAAUUUCAAUUUAUGAGGACGUGUAGUGUCUCAACUAUUAAUUAAAUUAAUUAUUUUAUACAUAUUAGUAUUUUUUAAUUAAUAAUUAUCCACUGUAGAUUUCAUUAUCCACUGUGUACAGGUAUCCCCUAUCUAUUGUUCAAGAUGUAAAAUAUAUAUUAUUUAUUUGAAAGAGAGAAUAUAGAGGAUCAAAAAUAGAGGAUUUGGUAGGAAAGAAUGCGCCCUCAAAAGGUGUAUCCCGAUUUUGAUAACUGUAAAAAAACUGUAGCAGGGCGUUUUUCGAAUUCCCGGACGACAAGAAAACCUUAUGAGAGAAUUCGCAGUAGGAAACUCUAUUGUUUAUUUUUGGGGGCCCUCGUACUUGCAUAAGAUAAAAUUAAAUAAAAAAGAAAAA